CGAGUUUGACUAGUUUGGGGGCCGAUCCGCGCCUGACGCUGCACCCGCCGCGCCCCGCGAGCCGCGCCUCGACCGGACCCAGCGCGUCCCUCCCGUUCCCGUGGGGCCCCGCGCUGGCGGCUGGGCGGCGCUCGGCGAAAGUUGGUCCCUCACGGGCGGGCGAGCGGUCGCGGCCAUGGAGCCCCGCUGCAUGGAGUACUUCAGCGCCCAGGUGCAGCAGAAGGACGUCGGCGGCCGCCUGCAGGUCGGCCAGGAGCUGCUGCUCUACCUCGGCGUCCCCGGCGCCAUCCCAGACCUGGAGGAGGACCUGGGCUGUCUGGGCAAGACGGUCGACACUCUCACCGGCUGGGUGGGUUCGAGCAACUAUCGGGUGUCAUUAAUGGGAUUGGAAAUUUUAAGUGCCUUCGUGGACAGAUUAUCAACACGAUUUAAGUCCUAUGUAGCAAUGGUUAUUGUAGCUUUAAUAGACAGAAUGGGAGAUGCCAAAGACAAGGUUCGAGAUGAAGCUCAGACUCUGAUACUGAAGUUAAUGGAUCAAGUAGCACCACCUAUGUACAUUUGGGAACAGUUGGCUUCUGGUUUUAAGCACAAGAAUUUUCGAUCUCGAGAAGGCGUGUGUCUGUGUCUUAUUGAAACAUUAAACAUUUUUGGGGCUCAGCCGCUAGUCCUCAGCAAGUUGGUACCACAUUUGUGUAUCCUAUUUGGAGAUUCCAACAGUCAGGUUAGAGAUGCUGCAAUAUUGGCUGUGGUGGAGAUUUAUAGACAUGUGGGAGAGAAAGUGAGAAUGGACCUUUAUAAGAGAGGAAUUCCCCUUGCUAGAUUAGAAAUGAUACUUGGCAAAUUUGAUGAAGUGCAAAAUUCAGGUGGUAUGAUUUUGAGUGCCUGCAAAGAUAAAAGCUUUGAUGAUGAAGAAUCAGUGGAUGGAAAUAGGCCAUCAUCAGCUGCUUCAGCCUUCAAGGUUCCUGCACCUAAAACAUCCGGAAAUCCUGUCAACAGUGCAAGGAAGCCUGGUUCAGCAGGUGGCCCUAAGGUUGGAGGUGCUUCUAAGGAAGGAGGUGCUGGAGCAGUUGAUGAAGAUGAUUUUAUAAAGGCUUUUACAGAUGUCCCUUCUAUACAGAUCUAUUCUAGUCGAGAACUUGAAGAAACAUUAAAUAAAAUCAGGGAAAUUUUGUCAGAUGACAAACACGACUGGGAUCAGCGUGCCAAUGCACUUAAGAAAAUUCGAUCAUUGCUUGUUGCUGGAGCUGCACAAUAUGAUUGCUUUUUCCAACAUUUACGCUUGUUGGAUGGAGCACUUAAACUUUCAGCUAAGGAUCUUAGAUCCCAGGUGGUUAGAGAAGCUUGCAUUACUGUGGCCCAUCUUUCAACAGUUUUGGGAAACAAGUUUGAUCAUGGCGCUGAAGCCAUUGUACCUACACUUUUUAAUCUCGUCCCCAAUAGUGCAAAAGUCAUGGCAACUUCUGGAUGUGCAGCAAUCAGAUUCAUAAUUCGGCAUACUCAUGUACCCAGACUUAUACCUUUAAUAACAAGCAAUUGCACAUCAAAAUCAGUUCCUGUAAGGAGGCGUUCAUUUGAAUUUUUAGAUUUGUUGUUACAAGAGUGGCAGACUCAUUCAUUGGAAAGACAUGCAGCCGUCUUGGUUGAAACUAUUAAGAAGGGAAUUCAUGAUGCCGAUGCUGAGGCCAGAGUGGAGGCGAGAAAGACUUACAUGGGUCUUAGAAACCACUUUCCUGGUGAAGCUGAAACACUGUAUAAUUCCCUUGAGCCAUCUUAUCAGAAGAGUCUUCAAACUUACUUAAAGAGUUCUGGCAGUGUAGCAUCUCUUCCACAAUCAGACAGGUCCUCAUCUAGCUCACAAGAAAGUCUCAACCGCCCUUUUUCUUCCAAAUGGUCUACAGCAAACCCAUCAACUGUUGCUGGAAGAGUAUCAGCAGGCAGCAGCAAAGCCAGUUCCCUUCCAGGAAGCCUACAGCGUUCACGGAGUGAUAUUGAUGUGAAUGCUGCUGCUGGUGCCAAGGCACAUCAUGCUGCUGGGCAGUCUGUACGAAGUGGGCGGUUAGGUGCAGGUGCCCUGAAUCCAGGUUCCUACGCAUCACUAGAGGAUACUUCUGACAAGAUGGAUGGAACAGCAUCUGAAGAUGGCCGGGUGAGAGCAAAGCUUUCAGCACCACUUGCUGGUAUGGGAAAUGCCAAGACAGAUUCCAGAGGAAGAAGUCGAACAAAAAUGGUGUCUCAGUCACAGCGUUCAUCAUCACCUGACAAAAAUGAAGCUGGCAGCCGGUCUGGGUCUCCGGGAAGAGUUCUGACCACAACAGCCCUCUCCACUGUGAGCUCUGGUGUUCAAAGAGUCCUGGUCAAUUCAGCCUCAGCACAGAAGAGAAGCAAGAUACCACGAAGCCAGGGCUGUAGCAGAGAGGCUAGUCCAUCUAGGCUCUCAGUGGCCCGAAGCAGUCGUAUUCCUCGACCAAGUGUGAGCCAAGGGUGCAGCCGGGAAGCCAGUCGGGAGAGCAGCAGGGAUACGAGUCCUGUUCGCUCUUUUCAGCCCCUUGCCUCCAGACACCAUUCCAGAUCUACUGGUGCCCUCUACGCCCCCGAUGUGUAUGGGGCCUCAGGUCCAGGGUAUGGGAUCAGCCAAUCAAGCCGACUGUCAUCCUCUGUCAGUGCCAUGCGAGUCCUGAACACAGGUUCCGACGUGGAGGAGGCAGUAGCAGAUGCCUUGAAAAAACCUGCUCGAAGAAGAUAUGAAUCAUAUGGGAUGCAUUCAGAUGAUGAUGCCAACAGCGAUGCAUCCAGUGCUUGUUCAGAACGCUCCUAUAGCUCUCGGAAUGGUAGUAUUCCUACAUACAUGAGGCAGACAGAAGAUGUGGCAGAAGUCCUCAACAGAUGUGCUAGCUCCAACUGGUCAGAAAGGAAAGAAGGCCUCCUGGGUCUGCAGAACUUACUAAAAAAUCAGAGAACGCUAAGUCGAGUUGAACUGAAAAGAUUAUGUGAAAUUUUCACAAGAAUGUUUGCUGAUCCUCAUGGCAAGGUGUUCAGCAUGUUUUUGGAGACUUUAGUGGACUUCAUACAAGUCCACAAAGAUGAUCUUCAAGAUUGGUUGUUUGUACUGCUGACCCAACUACUAAAAAAAAUGGGUGCUGAUUUGCUUGGGUCUGUUCAAGCAAAAGUUCAGAAAGCCCUCGAUGUUACAAGAGAAUCUUUUCCAAAUGAUCUUCAGUUCAAUAUUCUAAUGAGAUUUACAGUUGAUCAGACCCAGACACCAAGCUUGAAGACAGUCAAGCCAGCACUUCGGGACCAGCUUCACUCUUUUUGGAGUUCCAAGGUGAAGGUUGCUAUCCUCAAAUACAUAGAAACUUUGGCCAAACAGAUGGAUCCAGGAGAUUUUAUAAAUUCCAGUGAAACUCGCCUGGCAGUGUCUCGGGUCAUCACUUGGACAACAGAACCCAAAAGUUCUGAUGUUCGGAAGGCAGCGCAGUCAGUCCUGAUUUCCUUAUUUGAACUCAAUACCCCAGAGUUUACAAUGUUAUUAGGAGCUUUACCAAAAACUUUUCAGGAUGGUGCUACCAAACUUCUUCAUAAUCACCUUCGAAACACUGGCAAUGGAACCCAGGGUUCCAUGGGGAGUCCUUUGACAAGACCGACACCACGGUCACCAGCCAACUGGUCCAGUCCUCUCACUUCUCCUACCAACACGUCACAGAAUACUUUAUCUCCAAGUGCAUUUGAUUAUGACACAGAAAAUAUGAAUUCUGAAGAUAUUUAUAGCUCUCUUAGAGGUGUCACUGAAGCAAUUCAAAAUUUCAGCUUCCGCAGUCAAGAAGAUAUGAAUGAGCCUUUGAAAAGGGAUUCUAAAAAAGAUGAAGGCGAUUCAACCUGUGGCGGUCCUGGGAUGUCUGACCCAAGAGCAGGAGGUGAUGCUACUGACUCAAGCCAAACAGCCCUUGAUAAUAAAGCUUCAUUGCUCCAUUCGAUGCCUGCUCACUCCUCUCCACGCUCUCGAGACUAUAAUCCGUAUAACUACUCAGAUAGCAUCAGUCCCUUCAAUAAGUCUGCCCUCAAGGAAGCCAUGUUUGAUGAUGAUGCUGACCAGUUUCCUGAUGAUCUUUCCCUAGACCAUUCUGACCUGGUUGCAGAGUUAUUGAAGGAGUUGUCUAACCAUAAUGAACGUGUAGAAGAAAGAAAAAUCGCCCUCUAUGAACUCAUGAAAUUGACACAGGAAGAAUCUUUCAGUGUUUGGGAUGAACACUUCAAAACAAUAUUACUUUUAUUGCUUGAAACCCUUGGGGAUAAAGAGCCUACAAUCAGGGCUUUGGCAUUAAAGGUUUUAAGAGAAAUCCUAAGGCAUCAACCAGCAAGAUUUAAAAACUAUGCAGAACUGACUGUCAUGAAAACACUGGAAGCACAUAAAGAUCCUCAUAAGGAGGUGGUGAGAUCUGCUGAGGAAGCUGCGUCAGUGUUGGCCACUUCAAUCAGUCCGGAGCAGUGCAUCAAAGUGCUUUGUCCCAUCAUUCAAACUGCAGAUUACCCAAUUAAUCUGGCUGCAAUCAAAAUGCAAACAAAAGUGAUAGAGAGAGUUUCCAAGGAAACCCUUAACCUGCUUUUGCCAGAGAUUAUGCCAGGCCUAAUACAGGGUUAUGAUAAUUCGGAGAGCAGUGUUCGGAAAGCUUGUGUCUUCUGCCUGGUAGCUGUUCAUGCGGUAAUUGGUGAUGAACUAAAACCACAUCUCAGUCAGCUCACUGGCAGUAAAAUGAAGCUACUGAAUCUUUACAUCAAACGUGCACAAACAGGUUCUGGAGGAGCUGAUCCCACUACUGAUGUUUCUGGACAAAGUUAGUGAAGCGGAUGGAAGUGAACCAGGUCUCUCAAAGAAAGGACAGACAGACCACCCUCAUCAAUGAAAGGAAAUUUUCAAAUACAUCUUUUGGAAGUUACCAUUGUUUCCCAGUUUUAGUUUUUUGUUUUGUUUUGUAUUUUCUGUAACAGAGGGCUAUCCUCAGUCUGCAUGUAACUUUUAUGAUAGUUAUUCCAAAUUCAAGAAGAAGCAGUAUUAACAUCAGUUGGUCAAUACAAAGUAAUUUUUAAUCUAAUUCAUCAUUUCACAUGUUUUACUUCUUUGUCCUCCCAUUAACCUUUGCCAGUGUUAUGACUGUAUACUUUUUUUAAAUGCUGGUUAAACAGGAAUGCUUAAAGCUUUAAAAGUUUAACAGUCUUAAACAUUUUUUGGCCUUUAUUCAAAUGCAGAAUAAUAUUUUUAUUGCUACUUUGAGUUUUGUUCCGUAUCAUGUCCUAUGCUAGAAAUAUUGAAAUGAUGUGAAAUAAAGCAGGACUAAUCUGAACUACAGCUGGACUCUGUUGGUGUGAUGGUGAUACACGUCAUUAAUUAGUUGCAACUUCUUUGGGGUGAUCUGUAUUUUAAAACUAAGACCUCAAAGAAAUGUUACAGAAUCAGCCAGUUCUGUAAGGCUGAUAUCCUUUGUUGGUUGUUGAUCUUGCCAUCUUUAUUUAAAACCAUGUCCCCUCUAUGAUCCCUUAAGAAAGCUGUACCAAAUCAUCAGCCUGUGUUUUUCUUGUUACUUAUUAAAAUAGAAGGUUUCAUUGCAGGGUUUUUUGGUUUGUUUAUCUUUGUUGUGAAUGAUGCUUUUUUUAUUUAUUAAUAUCAAAUUCACUUAUGAAUAAACUUGAUAAUGGAAACAUUAAAAAAAAAUCAGUGCAUGUGUGUCCUUGACCGUCUUCUGUUUCUCAUUUAAUAAACAAACUAAUUAUUGAGACAUGGGAGUCGACCAGCACCUUUUCUUUAAAUGGUGGAACCUGGUUUCCUUUUACCAUGAAAUUGUCUUACUUGAAAACAUUGAUCCUGAUGAGAGAGAAGAUGGUGCCAAGGUUAUUAUCUUCGUAUAAUGGGCUCAAAUUCUCUACCUCUUCAGGGCUAAUACUUUUAACUGAGCUGCUGCCUAUAGUGUCUUUUGGAAAACUAUUAAAAGGGUGAUUUUCUGUUACUUUUUAACAAAUUUUUUUAAUCACCUUUUGCUACACCUCUUAUUUUCAUGUGCAACCAACUUUCAAAAAUUACCAGUUUUGGUGGAAGGCAAAUUAGGUAAUUUGGAACCAGGAUACUAAUGAUUUCUCAUCUUGACUUUUUAAAAAAUCCUAACAUAAAGUGAAUUUGACUGGAAAGGCAAAUACCUAUUAGGGAGGCAAUUUGCUUUUGUUACAGAGUUAUCUGUACUUUCUUUGUUUAAUCGAAAAAAUGUAGAAAUAUAUGUAAAGAAUUUAAGGCAAGAGUUCUGAAUGGAUGAUUUGUGACAGGCUUUUACCUUCCUUCGUUUUUGUUCUAGCAGCAGGAAAAUAGUUUCUCUAUAUCCCCCCCUUUAUCUGUAACAAUUUUGUUUUCUGCUGUUAAUUACAUUGUGUAUUUAUAGUUCUAUGCUUACUGUUGUGCAUAUACUGGCAAUAAAACUGUACAUAACAUUACUUGAACAAAUUAACAAUGUAUAUCAGUUGUUUUUCUGUCUCACUGUGUGACAAGUCACUUAUCUCAUAACUAGGUUUUUAAAAAUGUUUAGAAAGUCCUGUUUCAGUGGUAUUCUCAUGAAUUUGUAAGUGCAUCCAAGGAGAAAAGAUCUGUCAGAAGUAGCAGCCACAAACCAAUGUAUAUAGCUCUAUAUGCAUGUAUAUAUUAUAGCUUAUCCUUAAAAAGAAAAGGUAUUUUAAACAUUGAACUCGUCUCAGUAAUGCUUUAUGUUCCAUGACCUUUGGUAUGUUUUAUAAUCAUUUUGGAUCUAAAUAUUGAUCUAAUUUUGACCUCUUCUUUAAGGUCCUGCUCUAACUACUGUUGACAACUAAAUAGAGUGGCUUAAGCUGAAUAAUAACUCUACUUGAAAACUUAGAUCAAACACCUGGCAUCUAAAGGCAGGCACUCAAGAAAUGAAUGAACUGAGUAACAGAAGAGUAUGGUUUAAUGUGACGAAGUGAAAGCUAAGUCAUGUUUAAAAUUCUGUUAUUUCAGUUGAUAAGACUAUAAGAAAGUUAUUGUUGACUGUUCAGA